CCGCACUGGCAGGCAGAUUCUUAUUCACUGUACCACCAGGGAAGUCCUAAAGUUACCUUUUAAUGACAUAAGUAAUACACAACUAGAUUCUGCUUCUGAAAAAGCAAAAUUGAUAAGUCAGGCCAAAAUCCCCUUUGAGGCCUGCCUCUACCUGGCCCUCCUCAGCCUCCUGAGCCAAUGACCAAGUCACAUGUCUCUGCCCUGUUUCCCCUCUGAGACCCCAAAGGCCCUCCUUGCUGCUUGCCCAGGAUUCCUCUGUGCUCCUUUCAAGGCUCCUUGGGCUCCCUCCAGAAGGGUCUGGGUCAUCAGGAUGUUUCGAUCCAAUACCAUCAUUCUAUGCACUGGCUGGUGGAAGACCCUGCUCACAGCAUACUAUUCCCUGAGACAGGGGCUGGUCACUUCUGUCUUGAGUCCUAUUUCUAUGCCAGCGCUUUCCCCAAUUUCAUGUUAAUUCAAUUUUAAAACACUAUCUUGUAUGAAAUUUGAUCAGAAAGUUUUCUGUCCAAACUGUCUGCCGCAUGGAAGCAUGCUGUGGGUAACAAUUCUUGAGAGCCAGAGUCCUUCUCCUUGGAGUGUCUCUCUGGAGACCCCUAAUAGUUUCUCCAGCUAGGGAGGAAAGCCUGGGGGUCUGAGGCCCCUAGUCUUUGGGACCUACUGUGGGGGUGGAAAGAACACAGACUACCUGGGUUGACAUGGAGGAGCUCUAAACAAAUCACCCUAGCUAUCUGGGCCCACUCUUGGUUGAGUGGGGGCGGGGUGACAAUAUGGCUUAAAGGAUUGUUGAGAACCAUUGAGUGAGGCAUCACACCCAUGUGUCUACUUUGGGGCCUGGUUUGUGUGAAGAGACCACGAACAACCCAGUUAUUUUCACUCUGAGAGCGGGCACCUCCCCUUCCCUGACAGGGCCCAGGGCUUCAGCAGGCUUACCUCCUUUUCUGGUUGGGUACUAUGGGCAUUGGCUGGGGGCACUCACCCUUGCAAGGGUAGAGGGAGGGGCGUGGUGCUGAACGGACAGCUCCCUUCACUCUGGGUUUUGAGAGGCACCGGUGUGUGUCUAGUGAGAACCAGGUUUCAUCCCAGGGUGGCAGAACUACAGGGCAGGUGUGGGGACAAGAGGGUCUGAGGGCUUCACCUAAGUGCAUAGGCCAAGAAAAUGCUGCCUGCGGAAGCUCUACAUCUGUGCUGGCCCAGUCAUGAGUGUGGUGGUCAACCUCUCUACCGACUGGCAUACAAGGAGAAGAUGAAGGAGCUGUCAGUGCUGUCGCUCAUCUGCUCCUGCUUCUACUCACAGCCGCACCCCAACACCGUCUACCAGUAUGGGGACAUGGAGGUGAAACAGCUGGACAAGAGGGCCUCCGGCCAGAGCUUUGAGGUCAUCCUCAAGUCCCCUUCCGACCUGUCCCCGGAGAGUCCCGUGCUCUCCUCCCCCCCCAAGAGGAAGGACACCUCCCUGGAAGAGCUGCAGAAGCGGCUGGAGGCAGCUGAGGAGCGGAGGAAGACACAGGAGGCUCAGGUGCUGAAGCAGCUGGCGGAGCGGCGCGAGCACGAACGCGAGGUGUUGCACAAGGCGCUGGAGGAGAACAACAACUUCAGCCGUCUGGCCGAGGAGAAGCUCAACUACAAGAUGGAGCUCAGCAAGGAGAUCCGCGAGGCGCACCUGGCGGCACUGCGUGAACGGCUGCGCGAGAAGGAGCUGCACGCGGCCGAGGUGCGCAGGAACAAGGAGCAACGCGAGGAAAUGUCCGGCUAAGAGGCCUUCUGGACUCCGCGACGCCUGGAUCCCGAGAUGAGACAGGAACACAUCUGGGUUUCGGUUUUGUUUUGUUCGACUUUAGAUGCAACUUUUGCUCCCGUUCCUCCCUCCCCUCCUGCCCUCCCAGCUUCAGCUUCUCUUUCCGCGCUCCGAGCUGUCUGGUCCUUGUGGCAAGGCUUUGACCACAGGCUCUCUCUGGAGGAGCCCCCAGGGCGUGGCACACGGUCCCUCAGUUCAGGCCCAAGCUGGGCAGCGGCUGGGUCCCCUCUUGGUAACCCUCUUAGCAGACGUGGUGGCGACCUCAAUAAAUCCAGCGAUGGUGGCAGGAACACUCGGGUCCUUAUGAGCACCUUGUCACUUAGGGCACGUCCUCUGAGCCAACUCCGCCCGCAGGCAGAGGCACCACCACCUGCACGUACUCCCCUGGAAGAGGGGCUGGGCACGCGGGAGGGGGCAGAGGAGGAAAGACUUGAAUGGAGGAGGACUCUGGGCAGUGGGGACCGGGUAUCCAGUCACAGGCCAGCCUUGGGAGCUGCGUGUGCAGCGGUGCUUUCUGGAACUGGUGGGUAGGAGCUGCAGUGUGCUGUAAUGUGGUGGCACAGGGGUCCUCAGAGACCCCUUGGCCUGAGGUUGGCACCCUUGGCUGUCCUGGGAACCUUCAUUCAUUGCACUUGGCUGGAGAGGUCACGGGAUGUGGUUUGGCCUGAGUCUUUAGGGGAGUAGGCCGGCUCCACUGGGACCGUGAGCAAACUGCUGUGGUCUAGAGGGCUGUGGGUAGCAUGGCCACCCCUGCCGGCCCCUUCUCCCAGAAGGGCCUUCUUCUCUCUGGCACGGCGCCUCUGUGGGGACAGCCGGCCUCCCACUGUCCCUCCUUUCCUUCUCCAGGCUUUGCACCCUUGGAGGACCUGUCUGUAGAGCCCUUUAGAGUCCUAGCUCCCUCCUGUGUGCCCUCUUCUUUGUUUAAAAGAUGCCCCUAUCUGUUUCCAGCCACAGGGCUUUCAGGUGGCCAGGUGGGGGAGGGUGGCAGCCCCAAGUGCCCCUCUGGGAGCCCUAAGUAGAUAUUAGGGGAUAGAGGACCAGUGUCUGAAGGUUCAGAUGUUGGAGGGCAAGGGUCAGGGUUCCUCAAGCUGCCUCCCCACCUGCCCCAUCUUUCCAUUUCUGGCUGGUGACCCCCUCUGGCUAGCCUGCAGAUUGGAGGCCUGACUUUAGGCCUCUCCUGCCAAGACCCUCCUUGGCUGGGUUCCUUCCCCUCCCUCAGCCUGGUCCAGACCCCCUGGUGCUGGCCUUUGAGGAUAUGGCAGCAGCCUCCCCUUUUCCAUGCAGCCCCAGCCCCACGGUUGGAUGCUUGAGGGCCAAGUCCCUGCUGGCCAACCACUUGGUGGAAAGUGUGAGGAGAUUCUCGCAGGAAGGACUCAGAGCCGGUGCCACAGAGGCCAGAUGGCAGCCCUCAGUGCCCCUGGCUUUCAUUCCACAGAAACCCACAGUGUCACUGCUGGUGGCCUCCCAGAGCCAAGCCAGAGAGCACAGGCAGGUAGUGACCCCUGCAGUGGGCUUGGGGAAAGUUGGGACCUGUGCUCACCCCUCUGUCCCCACCAAGACAGCCCUGGAGGGAGUGACAAGCAGGAUUGGACCCAUCAGGUUGGGACCCAUCGGUGCCCACAGGCAGCUUCUGUGGACUCAGAAAGGGGAGCGGAAAGAGGACUAAGGGUGGGAUUUUUCUGAGCCACGGCAGCUCUCUCGUAGCAGAAGCCCUAAUGUCAUACACACCCAUCUCAUCCACGUAGUGAAAGUGAACUUAAAAAUGAACAAUUAAAAAAAAAUGUGUGUUUAAGAAA